AUGCUGGGCAAGCAGCCCGAGGGCAUCGAGGCCCAGAGUGCCGUUGCCUCAACUCUCAUCAAUGACAUUGAAAAGACAGCACCGGAAGGGUCAUGCCAGAAGAUAACCCUGCCAAUCAAGCCUCAACCAGGCACAGAUGCCGUUUACGCCGCUAAAUCUGCACUACUGAGCCAAGCUCUUCAGGACCUUGGUAUGGGACGGUACCAGUGGUUCCUGGUCCUUGCUACCAGUGUUGGCUGGUUUCUCAGUAGCUUCUGGCUCAUGUCCUUUAAGCUCAUCGCGCCACCCGCCGCCAAUGAGGCCAGGUUCUUUUUCUCUUCCUCUGGUGACCGCGAAGCCUUCCUAUUCAUCAGUCUUUUUGUCGGGCUCACCAUUGGUGCAGUCUCAUGGCCGUGGAUGUCCGACCGGCUUGGUCGCAAGUGGAUCUUUAGCAGUACUUUGGUGCUCAUGGGGAUGGGUGGUCUCGUCGGUGCGGGCAUGCCGUCGUUUACGGGGCUGUGUGUCGUCGGCUCCGUGAUAGGAUUCGCCGUGGCUGGGAAUGUGUUAAUCGAUGCUAUUAUCCUCAUUGAAUGGGUGCCGGCGUCGCAUCAGUUUUUGGUGUGUUUGCAGGGAGCUUUCUGGGGGUUGGGAGAAUUAGCGGCUGCAGCUGUAGGAUGGCCAUUCAUUAGCGAAUAUACCUGCGGUACCGGUCCCGGCGAGCUCAGCACAGAGCAAGCCAUUUCCCAUCAAUCUCGAGCGGUACACUCUUCAUCCUCUGGCAGCUGCCACUAUGUAAGCAACAAAGGCUGGCGCUACAUCUGGUGGACCUUUGGCUGCAUCACCCUUUUUCUCUACCUUUGUCGUUUUUGUUUCCCUCUCUAUGAAACACCAAAGUAUCUCCUCUCGCGGCGUCGUGAUGCCGAGGCAACACAGCUAGUCAAGGAUAUGGCGUCGUAUAAUCGCCACACCAUGUGGCUCUCCGAGGCAUCGUUUGCACGAAUUGACUCGACUGUUGAUGUUGAUUUUCAACGAUCUCCACAAUCUAGUCUUCGUGUAUUGAUCAGCUCAACAGGGGGAAGUCUGCGCGCCGGUAUCCUUGCUCUCAUUUGGUGCGUCACCGGACUGACAUUCGUCCUCCACCCGAAUUAUCUCCGCUUGUACCUCUCCAGCAAGGGUGUUUCAGCCGUGACGGCCACAACUGUAUCCACAAGCUUCCUGUAUAGCAGGUAUCUAUAUGCCUCGCUAUGCGGGAUCCCCGGUCCCAUUUUCGCUGCAUUUCUGGUAAAGGCAAAAUAUGGCGGCAGGACACGGACCGGUGCCCUUAUUGCCCUACUAACAGGCAUACUAAUGCUUGUUGCGCCAGAAUCACGCUCUGGACGUGCCGCGUUCGCGUUCAGCUGCCUUCUCUCAUGCACGCAGCAUGCUGGACUAGCUAUUUUGAUCACAUACUCAGUAGAGAUCUUUGCCGCGCCGGCCCGGGGCUUUGUGCUGGGGGUUAUGGGGUCUUUGGGGGGGAUUUUUGGGCUACUUGGGAUGACCGUCACUACUUUCAACGCCACAGUCGCAAAUGGAGCGGCUGUAUGGUUUAGCGGGGCUGUGUGGAUUGUUAUGGCGGGAUUAUGGUUUGUUUUGCAGGAAAGAGAAGUAGCAGCGUGA